CCGAGAGACCCACAGCUUGUGAACUUUCAGGAGAUGAUAGUACGCAGUUUGGUGGUGGUGGCCGUCUGGAUCUGUCUGAGCCCUCUCCUUUGUACAGCAUCCAGUGAAGUGAGAUAUGUGGCCAUCAACCAAUCCGAACUUCUUAAUAUCUCAAUGAAGGGCACUGACCAUGUAGAGUGGAAGACUGAUGACAACGUUUUAAGUAACAAAAUGAAAAAUUUUUGUGGCCCUAUAAUAAAAUGUCAACUCUACCCAAAUGGGUCCCUGCUGGUGACAGACGUGGAGAGCUUCGGAGAGAGGACCUACACAUAUACAACAUAUACGGACCGUGGAGAGAAGAGCUUGCAAGGGGAGUUCAAAGUCAUCGUGAUUGAAAUGGUGAAAACUCCAGAAAUCUCCUAUGAAUGUUCCACCAGAAAACUCCAAUGUGUUGUGCCCAGCGGAAAUGUCUCUAACAUUACCAUUACCUGGAAUGGGCAAAAGAAACCUUCUUUUAAUGAACAUCAAACUUUAAUUCAACUAGAAAUUUCUACAAAAAAAGCCAUAAAUGUGAGCUGCGUGGCCAAAGGCAAACUCAAUCAAAUGGAGAAAACAGUGUGGAUCGACUGCACAAACUUUUGGACGAUUUACAUGAUUCUUGGUGUUACCGGAGGGGGAAUCGCUUUCAUCAUUUUCCUUAUUUUAUUGAUUUACUGUAUAAAGCUCCGAUGUGACAAGACACACGGGAGAGAUGAUGUCGAGAUCAGCUACCAGCAGCCGAAUCAAGUCAUUCAGCAGCGCCAAUUACCGCAGCCGCCAUUGCAAUCCAACACGCAGUCCAACACGCAGUCCUUGACACGGCCUGGGGUAAACCCUCCAGAGCACAGCCCGGGCCAGAGACAGCAGGCAACGAACAGACAGGUUCCACCGAUUCCCCCAACCCAGACCAAGAAAGGAACUCAUUCCAAACAGAAAGGGGCCAAGCCACCAAAAAAACAAGCUCAGAGACCCAGCCUUCCAUCAAACCACCCAGCUGAACAACCUCCACGACCACAGCCUCGCAACCCACCCAAGCAAUCCCAUCAGCCACGGAAAAAGCAAUAACCGUGGCCGAACUGGCUGCCUACAAAACAGACUU